UUAAAUAUUGAAAACUGGGAUGACCCAUUCUUGAAUGUCAUAACAAAAGUUCACUAUUUCUAGAAGUAGAUGCAGAAUCACAAAUUGCAGUAUUACAUAGUUCACUCAAACUUGCCUUUGCAAAGUAGUAGAGUCCCUCAUACGCUUUAACAGUGCCAAUCGUCUUCCUCGAUGAUCGUUCCUGAAAAACACAAUGAGAGGAAACAAAUUUAGCAAAACAGUUUGAGUCUUUUGUUAACUGACUGAUGGAUAACAAGUUGCAAGAUAACUUGGGAACAUGUAGGACAGAUUGUAAAGUUAGAGAAUCAGAUAUGCGAAUACUUCCUUUUCCAGCAACUGGUGAGAGAGAGCCAUCUGCAAUUUUUACCCUCAAAUUCCCGGCAUAUGGUGAGUAGGAUGAAAAACAUUGAUAAGACCUAGUCAUAUGAUUGGAUGCACCCGAAUCAAUUAUCCAUGGAGAUUUGUAACAGGAUCUAGUAGUUAAAACUGACAAAUAAUUACCUCGGUGAGCCAGGGAACCAGAGGAAGACUGACCCGAUGUUUGAAUGGACGAAAUCAUCUUAUAUAACUGAUCCAAUUGUUCAAGACUGAAUGCACUACUGAGAGAGGUAUUGGUGGUUUCUCCUUGUAAUCUUUCAGUUGAUCCGUCAGUGCUGGCCUAGUACCCACGAUUUUUUUGGUAUUAUCUCGGCUUCCAAUCUUCCGAUUUUCCAUGAAUCUCCCAGCAGGUAUUUUUUAAAUGACCUGUUUUUCGGCAAUGUUCGCACCACAAUUUACCUUUUUUUGGUCGUUGACUAGGUCCCCCUAGACCUUUUGAUACAAGAGCUGAAACAUCCGGCCCAGUGUGUCCAGCGUGCCCAUCUAAUUUUUGGGCGGAUACGGGUACGGUGAGGUCCAGCCCAGCAGAUUCAUUUUGAGGUCUCAACAUCACACGCCUCUUGUUCUCCUCCCUCCUGACUUCUGCAAAGACCUCUCAGGUUGAAGGAAUAGGUCGCCGGCCAAGGAUCCUUCCCCUCACGUCGUCAAGCUCUCGAUUCAGGCCGGCAAGGAACUCGAAGAUCCUCUCAUUUUCAAGCCUCCUUUGGUAUCGUGUGCUAUGGCCGGAGCACUCCCACUCCUCGUCGAUGCUCAAAUCGAGCUCCUGCCAGAGAUGAGCCAUCUCCAUGAAAUACUCGGUCACGCCUCUCUCACCUUGCCUCAUCUGCCACAAUUGGGUCUUGAUGUCAAAGAUUUGCGAGUAGCUUUCGACGUCAGAGUAUGUCUCACGUACGGCUUCCCAAACUUCCUUCGCCGUUGGUAAGAACAAGUAGACUUUUUCGAUUGAUGGCAACAUCAAGUUGACGAGUCAAGCCGUGACCAUGGAGUUUUCGGACCUCCAUCUUUGCAAAGCUACAGCGUCGGUAGGGUCUGGCUUCCUCCUUUCACCUGUAAGAUAACCUGACUUCCUUUUUCCCUCAAUCACCAAUUUCAUGGAUUGAGUGCAUUCACGGAAAUUUUUUCCGUUUAAUUUUUCCAAUGAGAGUGGAAAGGUUUUUAUCCAGCCCAUUCAAACCCCCCAACAGAUGUGGCCUCUGAGUCACCGUUAAUAUUUGCAGAAGAGAUAGAGCCUCUGCUGUUGGCCAUCGUUUAGCUACGGUUGAGAAAACCUAGCUCUGAUACCAUGAAAGAAGAAGCAAUCGAAUGCUUUCUUCAUUAAUUUGUUCAUAUGUACAUCCCAAUCUAUAAUACGAUUACCUAUUCUAAACAAGGAAACAAUUUCCUUACUAAAUAAUAUCAAAUCCCCCAUUUCAACCUACUUCCCUAAUUUGUAUAUUAUUUACAAUGAUACCCGGGAUUGAGAUUUUAACAUCUUGGUUAGAUAUACAAGCAUGUUUUUGUGCCCUUGUGAUCAACCUAGUGUUAGUUGGUCAUAGGGAUAAUGAAGCUUUUCCUUUGAUAUGAUGUAGCAUUCCAACAAUACGUUUCGCAACUACCUAAAUCCUUUCAUCAAUGCCAAGUGAUUCAAUCGGGGUAUUUUAGGGGGAUUAUACAUGGCGCACACUUUUCUUUUUAUGAAAAUAGGGCUAGAACAAUUACUUGAUUCAGCUUUCUCAAAACAAAAAAAUAUCUAUCUAUUCUCUGAGAAUGAGAAGUGAUGCAGUUAAAAAAUCUCAAAACAAAAACUUCUAAGAAAAUGGGAGAAUUUAGUUGAAAAAUAAAACACAUUUUUUUAAGAAAAAUUUGAAAAGCAAUUUAUAAAAUCAUAUUUUUGAACCAAGUUCAUAUGAAAAUCAAAAAUAAGAGAAGAAAGUGAGGUCAAACAAUAUAAUGAUGAGAUAAAUUGAGAGGGAUCAAAAUUCCAAUUAAAACAACAAGCGAGAGUAUGGUGAAGGUAAACUUCAUAAACUAAACAUAGAGUAAUAUUAAAGACACACUUAUGAGUAUGAAUUUCAAACUUAAUAAUCUUGAGUCAAGUCAAGUUCAAGCAUUUCAAUGUAUCAAUUCAACUUCAAUACACUUGUUUAGUUGAGAGGUGAUUGUAAAGUAGUGAUGUGACGUGAUUGAAACGAGAGAGAGAGAGAGAGAGAGAGAGAGAGAGAGAGAGAGAGAGAGAGAGAGAGAGAGAGAGAGAGAGAGAGAGAGAGAGAGAGAGAGAGAGAGGACAUCCACAUAUUGACUUUCUUAAAAUGUGAAAAAUAAAAAUAAAAUUAGCAUCUUACUAAAGAAGCACUUUAAAAAAUCUCAUUUUCAUCUUCACCAUUUAAAAGCAAAAUAUAAAAUUUUAAAAUAAUUAAAAAAAGUUGUCACAUGCAAAUAAAUACUUAUUAUAAAUUAUAAUUUAAUUCAGUUAUGUAUUAAAUGACAAAAAUAAUAAUUGUGGCAUCCGAAACAGAGGCCUAAUUUGGCCUCCUAAUUUUAUUUUUAUUUUUUCCUUUUUUAAAAAUUAAAAAAAAAAUCUAAUUUUCACCACCCAAUCAGGGCAUUAUAUGAUAAGAGCCUGCAAUUCCCACUCCAGUCGUCCCCAGAUCUGCACAAAAAGCAACCGAACCACUGUCCUUGCUUUUGUUCCCUCAAAAAUCAAAUUCUCCAGGAAACAGAUGGGAUUAGGGAUGGAGUCCGACCAAACUCUCUUCUUCUACACUCUUCUCACUCUCUUCAUCAUCUCACCUCCCACCUUCGUCUCCCUCCACUUCCUCCAAGCCCCCUACGGCAAGCACGGCCGUCCUGGGUGGGGCCCCUCCGUGCCCGCCGCCGUGGCCUGGUUCCUCAUGGAGAGCCCCACCGUGUGGCUUACCCUCCUCCUCUUCCCCUUGGGCCGCCACUGCUCCCAUCCCAGGGCCCUUGCUCUCCUCGCGGUCUUCCUCUUUCAUUACCUCCAUCGCACCUGCAUCUACCCCCUCCGCCUCCGAGGCCGCACCGCCCCUCGCCGCGGCGGUUUCCCGGUCUCCAUCGCCGCCAUGGCCUUCGCGUUCAACCUCCUCAACUCCUACGUGCAAGCCAGAGGGGUCUCCCACUACGCCGACUACGGCGGCGACGGGUGGUUCUGGUGGCGGUUUGCCGGAGGACUGGCGAUUUUCCUGAGCGGUAUGGCGGUUAACGUGCGGUCGGAUUUGAAGUUGAUGUCUCUGAAAGAAAAAGGUGGGGAUGGAAUUGGAGGGUAUAAGGUGCCGAGGGGAGCGUGGUUUGAGGUGGUGAGCUGCCCCAACUACUUUGGGGAGAUCGUGGAGUGGUUGGGGUGGGCCUUGAUGACGCAGUCAUGGGCCGGGCUUGCCUUUUUUCUGUACACGUGUGCCAACCUAGUGCCCAGGGCACGUGCGAACCAUCGGUGGUACUUGGAGAAGUUCGGAGAGGAUUAUCCCAAGGGCAGGAAGGCUGUUAUUCCCUUCUUGUAUUGAUGAAGGUAAUGUUUCAUCUAACGGUAGGGAGUUGGAAUCUUUUAUGAAAUUCUAAUUUCCAAACUUAUGUAAUGGGUAGUGUUAAAUGAAAGGCAGGGUGGAGCUCAAUGAAUAUGUGGAAAUAAAAUUGUCUGGAUUGUGCUCCGCUGGUUCUCGAAAGAUGAGAAGAGGGAAGCUAGAUUACAGUAUAAAUAUAGCAGCAGUAGUAGCUUGGACUAGCAUAUUAUCUGCACUUGUUUUCUAUUAUUAUCGUGUGUUUGGUUGCAUUAUAAGACUGCCUGAAAACAAGAUCACCUUAUUGGAAUGAAAUAUCUUAGGACAUCA